CGGGGACAGGCGUGGGCACGGGGACGGGCACUGGACCAGCCAUGGGCCCUGGACGCUGCUGCUGCUGCUGCUUCCGCCUUGUUGCAAGUCUCAUCAUCCUUCAUUUCUGUGGGGCAACAAAAAAGGGAAUAGAAAAGCAAACCACUUCAGAAGCCCAGAAAUCAGUGCAAUGUGGAUCUUGGAUAAAACAUCCAGAUGGAGGCAUCUUCACAUCUCCCAAUUACCCCAGCAAGUACCCACCUGACAGAGAGUGCAUCUACAUCAUUGAAGCUGCCCCAAGACAGUGCAUUGAACUGCAUUUUGAUGAAAAAUACUCUAUAGAGCCUUCUUGGGAGUGUAAGUUUGAUCACAUUGAAGUGCGCGAUGGACCUUUUGGCUUUUCUCCAAUUAUUGGACGUUUCUGUGGACAGCAAAAUCCACCUGUAAUAAAAUCCAGUGGCAGAUUCCUAUGGAUUAAAUUUUUUGCUGAUGGAGAGCUAGAAUCUACAGGAUUUUCAGCUCGCUAUAAUUUCACACCUGAUCCUGACUUUAAGGACCUUGGAGUUUUGAAACCAUUACCAGUGUGUGAGUUUGAGCUGGGCGGAACCGAUGGCAUUGUGGAGUCUGUGCAGAUUGCGAAGGAAGGGAAAGCUCCGGCCACGGAAGCGAUUGAUUGUAAAUGGUACAUCCGAGCACCUCCACGAUCCAAGAUAUACUUACGGUUCUUGGACUAUGAGAUGCAGAAUUCAAACGAAUGCAAAAGGAAUUUUGUGGCUGUCUAUGAUGGGAGCAGUUCAGUGGAGGAUUUGAAAGCUAAAUUUUGUAGCACGGUGGCGAAUGAUGUCAUGCUACGCACGGGCCUCGGUGUUAUCCGCAUGUGGGCAGAUGAGGGCAGUCGAAACAGCCGAUUCCAGAUGCUCUUCACAUCUUUCCAAGAACCUCCCUGUGAACCCAAUGCAUUCUUUUGCCAUAGUAACAUGUGUAUUAAUAACACAUUAGUGUGCAACGGACUCCAGAACUGUGUGUAUCCAUGGGAUGAAAACCACUGCAAAGAAAAGAGAAAGGCGAAUCUCCUGGAUCAGCUCACCAAUACCAGCGGAACCAUCAUUGGGGUGACGUCCUGCAUUGUCAUCAUCCUUAUCAUUGUCUCAGUUAUCGUCCAGAUCAAACAGCCUCGGAAAAAAUUUGUCCCGAGGAAACCCGACUUUGACCAGACGAUGUUCCAAGAGGUGUUUGAGCCACCUCACUAUGAGCUAUGCACUCUAAGGGGGUCAGCUUCUGCAGCAGAUUUUGCAGAUGUUGCAGAUGACUUUGAAAAUUACCAUAAACUACGGAGGUCGUCCUCAAAAUGUAUUCACGACCAUCACUGUGGCUCACAGCUGUCCAACACUAAGGGCAGCCGGAGUAACCUCAGCACAAGAGAUGCUUCUGUCUUGACCGAAAUUCCAACCCAACCCACCAAGCCCCUCAUCCAGCCCCCAAACAGGAGAAACAUUUUGGUCAUGAAACAUAGCUAUUCCCAGGACGCUGCUGACGCGGGUGAAGUGGAUGAAAUAGAAGAGGUACCAACCACAAGCCACAGGCUGUCCAGGCAUGAGAAAGCUGUCCAGCGGUUCUGCCUCAUUGGGUCUCUAAGCAAACAUGAAUCUGAAUACAACACCACUAGGGUCUAGAAGGAAAACUCAAGAAACUUUUUUUCCAUGAACUUUGUGUUACAAGUACGAUAUUUUCAUCGUAUAAACUGCUUGAAAAUGAUGCACUCUUGGGGGAUUUUUGAACACGCUCCAAUGAAAUGUGAAAAUAUCGACCUUGGAGACAUCUGCUAGAAGUUUUAUGGACUCCAAUCAACUCUUCCUGUAGUGUGGUAAAAUGGAGAUUGCCAUAGGAAAAUGAUGGAUUUUUUUUCCACUUAUUGCAGUAAUUUAUUUUUGUUUGUUUUUUCACAAAGUAAGUCACCCAGUUUCAGGAACAAUUUAUUGAAAUCAGGUAUUUAACCAUUACUAAGAACUUCCAUAGAAACCUUUGUUUAUUUGUUAAGCAUUUAGCAAUAUGAAUAACUGACAAUUUGAGAAACUAUGCUGCUGCAUGUCUAUGCUGGAUACUUGAGUUGGCAAAGAGUCCUUUCAUUAGAAACAUUGUAAAAAGCAUGCAUUCAUAAAUACCCCUGUUACUGUUGCAUUUAUUUGCAUCAAGUGCUUGCUACUUGUAACUUUUUAUGAAAAGAGACGCAAAACUAUGUAUAAUAAUUUCCUAUCCCAAGUUUAAGGAAAAAUUUUAUUUUACAAAGGAUAAAUUAAUACAAAAUGUUCCAGA